AUGCCUAAAAACUCUCAAGAAUAUGCUCAGGCUCUCCAGGACUACCAAUCGGGAAAACCCCUAAAAGACAUACUUGCCGAAAAUCCCGGAAUCAAAAGAUCCACAUUUUAUACCUACAAAAAACAAAAUCUAAACCCGGAAUCGGUGGAGGAACCCCAGCCAAAACCAAUUUCUAAGCAAACCGUCACUGUGACCAAGAAACAGCCCGAGCAAGUAACUCAGGAAAUUCCCAUCAAUUACUCCCAACCGGAAAAUGUCGGAACUGCUCCGGCAAUCCAGGACGACUUUUUGGCGGGGGAGAGACCCGAACUGUUCAUGGACGUGGGAGCCGAUGCUCGAAAGGAAAGUAUGUUAGGAUCCUUAAUGUCAAAAUCCAGCGGAGGAAAAGCUGCCAUGGUGGACGAAUUAUUUGGCGACAUAGAUCUGUUUCAGCCCAAGACCUUAGCACAACCACCCGUAUCCAAACCACAACAAGACCCAGUGGUCAAAGGCAGCACCAUCUUGGGACACGGCAAGUCUUGGUGGACUAAAAUGCCCAAACUCAAGAAGGAAAAGACACCGGAACAAGAACGCGAUGAACAGCAAAUGGUCACCGUACAAAAAAUUAGGCUGUACUUAAUGCAUUUCCCUCAACUGGAACAACUCCAUAUUAUUCCUAAAAAGAAAACCAAAGGUCAUGAGGGCGAACCCGACACUGAAAAGUGGCUUGUUAGUCUUUACACCAAAAACCAGACUGAUCUGGAUAAAAUGCUAGACUUUAUACAAUUCCAUGUCCGCAACAGCAUCAAUGAACAAACCAGUAUGAAGUUAGCCAAUAACGUGGUUACCACCGGCAGUAAAGUUAUCGAGCACAUCCUCGUUGCCUUGGGUCUCAAAGUACAAGGGCUAACCAAAACCCUGAUGGAGGAUGAGGACGUCAAGCGCUGCAUCAAAGAGAUUAUCAUCGAAAACGGCGUCAACACAUUAAACUAUGGACCAAAAGCCGAUCUGGGUCUCAAACUGGUCAUGAAGAUUGUGCAAACCGAUAGCCAAAAUCGCAUAGAGGAAACCGUCAAGCAAAAGGCACUGGAAAAGGCACUGGAAAUACAAAAGCAAAAGGCACAAGAAAAGGAGAAACCUAAGCCAGUGCCCCAGGAGCUAGCUGACAAGUACGAUGACUUAUAA